AUGGUUUUUGUGUUCAGCGCCCGUCGCCCGCGAUCCCGACAGCCUGACGCGGGGCUCCGCACUUGCGAGAUCUGCAUUACAUAUAGCUACCGUACACGCCGUUGUUUUGCGCAUAGCACAACGUCCAGUGCGGGACUCCAUUCUACUCUCAACGAAAAUGGACAGGCAACAAAAGCACUUUUCGGAACCUAUAAAAACCCAUGGGCACAUCAUCCUUGUGUCAAAGGCACUAUCGACUCGACUGCAAAUACCAACGUCAUUCUCUGGGCGAACAAGCUUCUGGCGUUGCGGGAAUCCAGUCUGCCGUGGGAACUUGACCCGGAUACGCUGGACACCAAUGGAUACGAUCCGUUUAAAAAUUAUCCGGAGUCAGUGGUUUUCACGGCGCAUCCAAAGAUCGACCCUUACACGGAUGAACUGAUCGUCUUCGGCUACGAGGCCAAAGGACCUGCCACGGACGAUGUCAUUACCUACACAGUGGAUCGAGAGGGCAAGAGACACAAUGAGCUCUGGUUAAAAGGACCAUACGCAACGUUCAUCCACGACUGUGCAGUGACAGAAAACUGGGUGGUGCUGCUCCUUUGGCCAUUUGAGGCGAGCAUUGAGAGGAUGAAAGCUAGCGGUCACCACUUUGCAUAUAACUACGAAUUGCCUGCGAGUUUUAUCGUAUACCCUCGUAGGAAGCACAACAUUGCGGGUUGGAAAGCUGGGGAAUACCGCGUGUAUCAUUGGAAGAACUGUAUGAAUAUCCACACAGCUGGUGGUUGGGAAGAAGAAGAAGGCUCAAAACUGGUUUUCGAAAACGCCAGAGUUCACGACAAUGCUUUCGGUUUCUUCCCAGACGCAUACGGAAGGAAACCUGGCCCCGAAACGAAGGCGGACUUCGUACGUUACGAAAUCGAUCUGACCCAGCCCAGUGAAAGCUGGGUCCCUGAUCCAAAGGUCAUCUUGGAUAUCCCGUGCGAAUUUCCUCGCAUUGACGAUCGAUUCAUCUCUAAGAAAUACGACAUCAUUUUCCUAAAUGUUUUCCUUCCUGAGCGCUCUGACGGCAAGAAAAACAUUUUCGCUGGCCUGAAUGCGCUUGCAAUGGUCAAUAAACGAACCGGAAAAACUGAAUUUUACUACCCCGGAGACAAUUGCUUCUGCCAGGAGCCAACGUUCAUCCCACGGUCUGAAAGUGCCCCGGAGGGUGAUGGCUGGAUCAUGUCUGUCGUUGAGCAGCGAGAUUACAACGUAAGCAGUUUGGUUUUCCUUGAUACAAGGGAAUUCAGCAAGCCCAUUGCCGUUGCUGAGCUUCCCUUCCGUAUCCGGGCACAGAUCCAUGGCAAUUGGGUUGAUGGAAAGGAGCUCAAGGGCAAGCCGCUAGUGUACUACCCUGAAGAGACAAAGAUCUCAAACAUGGGAAUUCAGCCGUUUUGA